AUGUCCAUCUCAGAAAAGUACGGCCCCGAAGUUCAGAGAGUCCCUGCAGAUGCCCCCAUCCAGGACAUCAUCGCACUCCUCAAGCGUGAUGGGGGUGUUUUUGUGAAGGGGCUGAUUCAGACGUUGAAUGGUCGGGCAGCUUCUUCCCAAGCAAGUUCUCUUUAUAACACUUACCUCCUUGCCCUCAGCCCUACAUACGCCCGAUCCCAGGUCAUGAACCCAGUCUACCACCAAGUCGUCGAUCAUUUCCUCACUACCCGAAGUUGGUUCUGGUGGGGUCCUGAACGGAAGGAGUCGGUUUCGAAGCCUUACUUGCAUUCUUGUACUGCUAUGAGAAUCGGGCCUGGAGGCAAGGCACAGCCACUUCACCGUGACGAUUAUAUCAGUCACAAUAUCCACGAAGAUAUUGAUAAGUGGGAUGAUGAGCGUGAUGCCAAUCGUGAGUCUUCUGUUGGGCUGUUUGUAGCUGGGUCAAAGGUUACGAAGGAGAAUGGCGGUACACAAUUCAUCCAAGGGAGUCAUUUAUGGGGCUCAGAACGAGGUCCCCCGCGUGUUGAAGACUGCAUCUUUGCCGAGAUGGACAAGGGCGAUGCGUUCAUCAUGCUUGCUUCAGCGUAUCAUGGUGGAGGUACCAAUUCUACCAAAGACCAGCACCGCUUAGUCUUUGCUACAUUUUCCAUUCGUGGCUUCUUGAGACAAGAAGAAAACCAGUAUCUCGCUGUUCCUAGAGAAAUAGUAACGAAGCUUGAUCAGGAUAUACAGGCAUUCAUGGGCUAUUCGAUGAGCGACCCGGCGUGCGGUUAUGUAGAACAGAUAGAUCCGAUAUACCUGCUCCGACCAGACCUCGAGAAAGGUCCUUCAGAUUUUUAG